AGCGAUUUAACGUGGCAAUCACUCGAGCCCAAGCGCUUCUCAUUGUGAUUGGUAAUCCCAAUGUUCUGUGUCACGAUCCAAACUGGAGAAAGUAAGUUGUACUGUUAGGAUAGAUCUGUCAGUUGCACCAUUAUUUGUCCGAAAGAAACCUAAACUAAACUAACUUUAUUUAUACUGGAUAGCUCUAUCAGUUCUGAACUGGUCUUCCUAGAGGUCCAGUAAAGAUCAUCUCUUAUUGAUCCAGUGUUACUACAUGAGGAGGAAACCUAAACUAAACUAACUUUAUUUAUACUGGAUAGCUUUAUCAAUUCUAAACUGUCGCCAACACACUAACUCUAUGUAACUCUCCAGGUUUCUUCAGUACUGUAUGGAUAACGGCUCAUUCUCUGGUAGUUCUGGGUCGGGCGGACGUCCGUUUCAAAUGCCAGAAGAUGCUGACCAAAGCCUUGCGGAAAAGUUGGCGAAACUUCGUUUAAAUGAAAAUUCUCUGUUCGAAGAGGAAAAUGAUCUGACUGGCGCAGAUUACGAAAAUAGACCAUGGAGGUCUGACGAACAAUGAAGAGUAGGUAUAUUUUAUAGGCACAAUUGACCAUUUGCGUAAUAGACUAAAUUUUGAUCUAGACAAAAAUUUCAUCACAGCUUGAAAGAGCAUCACAAAAUUAGUAAUAUUCCAAAGUUUCGUUGCGAAAUGUUGUAAAAUGCGGAUAAUAUAGCCUUGCGAAGUUUGCAAUUUUCAGUCAUUUUAGAUUACAAACGGGAAAUUGGCUAUAUUAUCCGCAUUUUACAACAUUUCGCAACGAAACUUUGGAAUAUUACUAAUUUUGUGAUGCUCUUUCAAGCUGUGAUGGAAUAUUUGUCUAGACUUGUUGAGAUAAAAAUUUUGUCUAUUACGCAAGUGGUCAAUUUAUACUAGCUAGAGACAGAUUAUUUGUCUUUUGCCCUGGUCAAAUAAGGAUUAGAACUGUUCGCGUUUCCCUAGUAACUCUCGUCGACUCGUCAACUUUGAGCUGGUAGGUUCAAAUUUUUCUGAGAGUUGACGAGAGUUCUUUGCUCGUUUGAUUGCUACUAUGUAACCAAUGCCAAUGGAUGAUUUCUGCUACAUGCGAAAUUUUGAUCAAGGCAAGAAGAACGAAAUCCAACACCACGGCUAGAAAGAGCGUCUUAGAAUGAGUAAAACUACAAAGUUUGGUUGCUAAAUGUUGUAAAGUGAAGAAAAUAUAGCCCUGUGAAGUUCGCAAAUUUUGUAUAUAUUUGUGUUACGGGCGGUAAAAAUAACCACUUUCUUCUCAAAAAGGGUUAUUUUUAUAUACAAAAUUUGCGAACUUCACAGGGCUGCAUUUUCCUCAUUUUACAACAUUUAGUAACCAAUCUUAGCAGUUUUACUCAUUCUAAGACGCUCUUUGUGGCUGUGGUGUUGGAUUUCAUUUAGUCUACAGCCAUUUGCAAUUGAGCGUGCACCGUGCAUUUUUUCGAGUUGUUUUAGCAUUGAAAUUAACAUGUAACUAUGGGAGGAGCGACGUGUUACUAAGGCGGCUCAAAAUGUUUCUUUAUCUACUAUAAGCCGUGCGAUUCGAAUAACUCAUAUUGCUUCUGAACGAUUCACAAACAACAUUUUAUAUACGCAAUUCUUCAUAGAUUGCAUGCUUGCCCAAGAUCCGAACCACGUAAAGUUUUUCGAUGAAUCAGGGAUCAGACAAACAAACUAAUCAUUUUGUAUAGAAUUGUACUAGCAGCGAACAUAAAUUGGUUAGUCAAAACAUACUUUGGAACGUCGAAUAUUUAUGCUAAUGGCACUUAGUAGACAAACAAAAUUGGUUUUAAAGCGACCAAACUCAGUAACAUGAAAUCAACAAGAUUAAAUAUACAGUAGACACCACUAUUAACCGACAUAAUAGUCGAUACUAAAGUGACAAAAAGUUUAUAUUUCUAAUUCCAAAGCAAAAAUAUUUUGCACCGGGACCUUCAGGUAAAGCGAAAAGUACAAGGUGUGUAUUAUUUCGCACAAAUAAACUGUAAACAAACCAUCAAAUUUAUUUCUUCUGUGAUCAAACUAAAGUGUUUGUCUGAGUCUUGGCGGGGGGUCAAAUUUAAUAAGCCGCCUUAGUAACACGUCGCUCCGCCCAUAGUUACAUGUUAAUUUCAAUGCUAAAACAACUCGAAAAAAAUUCACGGUGCACGCUCAAUUGCAAAUGGCGGUAUAUGGCUGGAAUCAGAAAAACUCUCAUGCGAACUCUCGUUUUUCAACUCUCAGCCAGUCUCAUGUCGGUCUCUCUCGUUUGACCAGGGCUGCGAAAAUAUGUAGAAACCAUUUAAUUAAUCAUGUUUAUUCAUUCUGCAUUUUUGCCCAGUAAUUAGAAUUCUUAGUUUUGCGAGUAGGGUUUUAGUUUAUGAACUUUUUGGCGCUUACAGUAAAUUACAGUAUUAAAAACGUUGAAAAAUCUACCAUUUUAUAAAAAAAA